ACAGUUCGUUAAUGUCCACGUGCACCGAUACAUUUUGGCAAAAAAAAAAAGGCAGAUCGACACUGACAUUUGUUAGCAUUUGACCUCGCUAACCGCGGGCUUUUGCUCACUUUAAUGUAUUGUCACUUGAACUGCCAAGAGGAUAAGUUAGGAAGUUAACGCUAGCAGCUCUUAAGUUAUCUAGCGUUAACCGGCUAGCUUAGCAGUGUGCCCGCAGAAAACAAUAUAAUAUCCUUAGGUAGCCACAGCUAACGCUGCUACCUGGUCUGCCAUGCUGCGGUGCUGACGACGGUGGAAAACGAGUUUGCUUUAUUCAGCAAAUCGUGGUAAUUGGGCCUGGGGAGAAUGGAUGUAGACGAAUAUAUACAAUCAGCAGGCAGGGCCGUUCUGGAUAUGAUGGAGCGGGAAUGGGAACCCCUGUCUCAGGGCGAACUGGAGCAGCGUUUGGAUCAGGCGGUUGAAGACAUCCUGGAGGCGGAUGUACUCGCAAAGGUGAGAGCUCAGCCACCUGCGGUGUACGCACAGUUAGUUCAGACCCGAGCGUACGCCGAGCCGCCGUUUGUACCGACUGAAGCAACCGGAUCCGACCCGCCUGAGGAAGACGCAGCCGGGGCCUCAGAGUCACCCGACACCGUGGCAAGUACCGCAGUCAACUACAUUACGGACCUGCUCCAGAAUUCAAAAUACCAUUCUAAUAGGACACGGCUGGCCGGUCGGGCACGCUUGUCUCUGCCCCAUACGGUCCUGCUGUCCCUUAUGCUCCUGUCCAAGCGCAUCAGUUACCGCUCCGUGUCGACCCGAUUCCGCCUGGAGAAGGGCAACAUCCACAGGAUAUUUUUUUCUUUCUGUGAGCGUAUUAACAUGCUGGAAGAGGAACAAAUCCGGUGGCCAGUUGGUGAAGAGGCUUUAGAGUCCCUUCUCCCCUUCUCUGAUCUGCUGGAAGGGCAAGGUUUACCCCAUGUACUGGGGGUCCUGGGGGACACUUGCAUCCCUAUUCGUCUGCCGAUAGGGAAACAGGAUGUGGAGAGCACAGUGCCAGAGGUGAAAAGGAUGAAGAAGGAUGCCCAUCCUGACGCGUGGCUCAACCUUGAACUUGUAUGUGACUACAGAGGCCGGUUCCUGCAUUGCAGAAUCAGUAAAGGAUCUGAACUAGACAGAGCCGGUGCCCUGAGAGACAAAUUGAAACAGCACCCUGAGCUGAUGCCCGCAGGCUCUUGCCUUGUAGCCAGAACCGGGUACCCCCUCACUGCUCACAUUUUAACCCCACACAUUGUAACUCACGGACCAAGAGAGGACCUCUUCAACAAGACACUGGAGGCACAUUUCAACAUCAUGGAUCAAGCUGUUGCUAACCUGAAAGCCAGGUUUCAAAGGCUCAGAUAUCUUGACAUGGGGAGUUAUGAGAGGGCCAGAGUGGUUGUAUUGGCUGCCUGUAUACUGCACAAUGUGUUUCUGGAUAUGGGGCAAGUGGUUUCAGGAGAGGCUGAACGAGAUGAAGGCAGGAUGGAGGAAGAAGGUGAGGGGGAGGUAGACAGUGAGGGUGUGAGCAGACGGGAUGCCAUCUCAGAUUUAUUGUUUAAUCAGUUAGACUCAGGAAGUUUAUGAUGAU